GUAGAUAAUGAACUGUCUAUUAAUAAUUGAUAAAUUGAUAGUCGACAUAAGUGGUCGGAGAUUUUAGUAGUAAUCAAUCAAUGACAUACGAAAUACAGGUGAUUCUUUUGCUCCAGUGGAAAAAAAUGUAUUUCUGUGUAUAGUGUAAAUAAAUUUGUGACUUUUUUGAACAAUUCAUGAUUGGAUAGAAGUUCAUUUGGUGUAAAUGGAAAUGGCGUUGGAAGAUGUUUGAAUGAUUUUCAAUUGUUUAUUGAUAAGAUAUUUUGUCGGGUGGGUCUAUUGAAUCCAAAAUGGAAACCGAUGAUACUGAUAACGUUAUUUUGUCAAGAAUAAGUUUAAAAGAAAUAUCUAUUUUGAGUGAAUAUGAUGAGGACGAAGACACAUUGAAAAAGAGUCCGCUCACAAACGAUGAAAGAAAAUGGCGGUUGUCAUAUUUAAGAAACCAAUUUGAAGCGUAUAGGCUGCAUGAUCUCUUCAAAAUUUAUACGAAAAAAGUAAAUCAUGGAUAUUUCUCUCUAUUUUUGAUUCUUCAAUGUCUUCUAAGCAUGGUUCAUUUUUGUUUUGUUAUAUAUAGCAACCAAGAUACAUUGGACCUAGUACUUCCAGAUCUCAUCCUAUACAGCACGAUAGUGAUACUAUCCAUGCUAGGAUUAUACACAGUAGACAUAGUAGCUGAGAAAUACAAAAAACUGAAUCAAAUUUCUCUAAUAUCAUUCGGAAUAGUGCUGUUCGUGAGCGGGUUCGUACCAUAUUACCAUUGGUUCUACGAUGGUAACAGAUUUAGAGCGGCGUACUCGUCUCAUCUGAUAUUGGCAUGCUACUUGUUUCUUUCUAUAGACAAUUUGUGGAUGGCUACUGGUGUCGGUGUGACGGUGUCUUUGUUACAUCUUCUGACAUUGUAUUUUGUUACUUACUCGAAUGAUAGUAUAACAUGGAGAAAGAUAACAUCCGAUGCCAUAUUUGCAGCUUUCAUCAAUGGCCUUGGUAUUUACUAUCGAUAUAUGAAUGAAAUUGUGAUAAGGAGGAGUUUUUUAGAUCGACGUGAUUUUAUAAUGUCAACUUUUCAGUUGAAACAUGAAAAAAGGCAAGUUGAUCAACUCAUGCAGAGCAUUAUACCGGAUUAUGUAAUAAAAAAAGUUAAGGAAAGAUACAUCAAUACUACGAAGUCUUUUAUAGAGCAUGGAACUUAUUUGAGAGAAAACCCUUUUAGCAACUUCCUCCUCGACGAACAUGAGAAUGUUUCGAUAUUAUUCGCCGAUAUAGUGAACUAUACGGAAAUGACUAGCAAACUGAAGAUUACUGAUUUAUUAGAAACGUUGAACGAUUUGUUUGGGUUAUUUGAUGAUGCUUCUUUGAACCUAAAAGUUACACGGAUAAAGUUCUUGGGCGACUGUUAUUAUUGCGUAUCAGGACUUCCUCCUGAAAAGGCGUCAAACCCUGCUGAAGCUUGUGUCGAUCUUGGACUUGAGAUGAUUUCUAUCAUUGCAGAUGUUAGAAAAAAAAGAAAUUUAAAUGUAAAUAUGCGGAUCGGCGUACACAGUGGAAGAAUAAUAAGUGGUAUUAUUGGAUUCGUCAAAUAUCAGUUCGACAUUUGGUCAAAAGAUGUUGAUAUUGCCAACAAGAUGGAGAGUGAAGGAGAACCGGGUAUGGUUCAUAUAACUAACAUAACAAAAGCUUUACUUCAAAAACCUUACACAAUAGAAGCAACAAAUAAAGGAGAUACAGUUCCUCAAUUUAAGGCAAAUGGUUAUCAAACAUUUUUAGUUAAACCAAUAGAAAAACUCGAUCCGAACCACACAGAAAGCGCUCCGGCUAGUCCAACACCUAGACCGUCCAUUUUCAAAAAGCAAAAAUCGUAUCCAAACGGUCUCUCUCUCUUGGCCCAACUCCAACGAGUACCAUCAUUGGUCGAAGAAGAAUCUAGCAAUAAAACAUUAACGUUUAUAGAAGACGCGAAUAGGUUAAGACAUAGCGAUGACAGAAUGUAUAGAAAGAGGAAUGCCAAUGCGUACUAUAGAUCUAGCGAGACCAGGAGGAGUACCAGCACUUUGAAGAGAAGAACCGCUUUUAUGAACAACAAUAUUAAAAGGUAUACCGAAAGGGCUGAGAAAGUUAACCAGAAGAUGGAAGAGACUAUACAGAAUAUUUCUUUUUCUAAAUAUCAGCAGUACAUGAAAUUAAAGGAAAUAAACUGUUUACUGCUUUUCAAUGACAUAAAAACGGAAUUAAAAUAUUUGAAGAUACCCGAUGCCUUAUUUAAGUAUUACCUCAUAGCAGCUGUGUGUCUGAUAUUUUGCGUUUAUCUUAUACAGAACUUAACACUGAAAAUGUGGGACCUGAAUUCAUGGGCAUUUCUGAUGACCUGUGCUCCGAUUAUGUUAAUUUUUAUACCAAUAUCCUGGGCUGAAUAUCUAUAUAAUAAAUAUCUGGCUUCCUACUCAAACGAAAUUCCAGAGAACGCCUUUUUCAGAGUCAUGUGUAGGGCUUCUUCAAUAAUGGCUAAUUGUUUUUACGUAAGAUUGUCGAUCUUUCUGCUCAUUUAUUUGGCAUUCUUGCUGACGGUUUUCAACGAGAUGAUCGACUGUAGAACCAAUUAUGAUGCAGAAUUGGGAAUUUAUAAAAAUUCUUCACAAACGAGUUUGUUGUUAUUUCUAUUUUAUUCAAAGCCAAAGGAUUUCAGUAAUUCAGGAAUGAUACACUGCGUGCUGCCUUGGCACAUGACUGAGACUUACGCUAUGACUGUUAUAAUGAGUUUUCUAUUUCUAAGAAUAUUUAUUUGGAUUAAGUUAGUUUUAGGAAUGGCAACCAUAGCUUUGUAUGGAUUUUGUGUACUCAGUUUCAGCAAAGGGUAUUACAAGGAUAGCGAGACAUUUAACCACAAUCUGCAGCCACAAGUGGCUCAUAUAAUAUUUACGGUCUUCCUUACGAUAACCUUACAUUUGGUCGAUAGGCAGACAGAUUAUAUGAACAGGUUGGAUUACAUGUUGAACAAGAGAUUUAAAGCUGAGCAGGAAGAGGCUAAUAUCCUACAGAAAGUCAACGAGACGUUGUUGGUGAAUAUUUUACCAAAGCAUGUGGCCGUUUUAUAUCUGGACAUUAACAGGGAACAAAAAGAGCUGUACUUCGAGGAACACAAUAACGUGGCCGUUAUGUUUGCCUCAAUUAUCACCGACAACGAACUGCCGGAUAUUCUGGAUGAGCGGGAACUGCUGCGAUUAAUGAACGCCUAUAUUACAGAGUUUGAUAUUUUGACCAACAGACAGGAAUUUCAAAGUAUUGAAAAAAUCAAAAUUGCAAAAUGGACGUACAUGGUGGCCUGUGGAUUAUUUCCUGGCGGUAGAGCUAAUGAAAUAGAGAGGCAUCAAACCAGUGCCAGUCUUGAGACGUUGCUCAACUUCGCAUCAGAAAUGUUCAAAAAAUUGGAACACGUCAACAAGGUACAUUUCCAGAAAUCAAAGUUAAGAAUAGGAAUUAGUCAUGGAAAAAUAGCAGCUGGGGUAGUGGGAAGUAAAAAACCAUUGUACGACAUUUGGGGUGAUCCUGUUAAUAUGGCGUCUAGAAUGGACAGUACGGGUUUACCGAAUCAUAUCCAAGUCAUGGAAAACACAGCAGAUAUCGUUCAGAAACUAGGUUAUUGCUGUAAGGAAAGAGGAGAAAUAAUAGUCAAAGGAAAAUACGGACUUGUUAAAACUUUUUUCAUAGAAAUUGAUGAAAAUAGUAACUUAGUUAGGACUAAUAUAGACCAUUUUUAGAAUUGUUUGAAAUUGUGAUGAGUGACACAUAAAUAGUAUAUGCAGUAAGACAUAGCUGGUCUGUACAGUUGCUAAUUUAUUUGGAAAUUUGAAAGUCAAAUAUUGGCAAAAAAGUGAAGUAAAAAGUUUAAAAUCAGAUUGAUUUAAUAAUGAAGGUAAUAGAAG